CACUCAGCAUUGUCCGAAUGGUACCUUCCAGUGUAUCAAAGUCGUAGUCGAACACAAACAGUGCUGAUAUAUUCGUCCCAUCUUUAUUAGCAGACGAUGCUAACAAAUUGCGACGUUCGCUAAGCGUUGCAAACAAUUUCAAAUCGAUCCAUUCUGUAGAAUCGGUUGACUAUAAUCGAACACAUAACCGAUGGUGUGCGUGUAAAGCGUAACUAAAUCACAACGUACCGAGCAGGAAAGGGGGAAGAGGCUCAACAUCAACACAUUUACCAUAUGUCAACACGAAGGUCGACCUCCAGCAACCAGGAGCAUUGCAACGGGGCACAUCAAUACGGUACGCGUUAAAACGGUAAGGACGAACCAUGGCUUCGUCUGGAUCGUCCAAACCAUCGGAGGAUACGUCCAAGCUGGGCUACUCGUAUGUAACACCAGCCGGAAUGUGUCUCCGGUUGCGCCAGAGUCUUGCCCGGUUUAGCGAUCUGUUCAGUGAGUUUAAUAAAUACAUCGCACCAGCGUACCAUCAUGACCGGUGCGAACGGUCCGUCCAUAUGCGGCUCUACUCGAUGAACAAGCGCGAAUUUGCCACCGUUUUUCUCGCGUUCUUUGCCUGCUUCGGGCUAGGGAUAUUUAUCGGGCUCGCCGGUCCACCGAUUACGGUGAUGAGCAAGGUAAGCGGCAGUGCGCUACAGCCCAACGUGACCACGUCCGACACACCGAGCAACUAUUUGGCGCGUGGUCCAUUUGUAAUGCGCACACCGCUCCUAACCACCUACUCCCAGCAGCUGUGGAUUAUUGCCAAGCUAACGACGGACAACACGGAUGACGAGAUAGUGGACAAAAAGUUCCACAUCAGUGUACAGAUCGAGGGCCUUACGGCGGAACACAAACCGAUGCCCGUGUACGGUGGUACGCACAACGGUGGUGCGGAUGUGAAAAAUCGCACACGCCAUCUGUCCUGCAGCUACGAAGAGUGCGACGAGUAUACCGUGCUGCAUAUCGGAUUUCUCGACUACGCGCACUACAUCGUGACGGUGAAUUUUUACGGGCUGGAAGCGUUUCACCAGCGGUACAACAUACGGACGGUACAGUUUUACUUUAAAUCGUACAAUCCUGCCUUCACGCAGAUCGAGAUCUGGUUUCGGUUCAUCUUCGUGCUGUUUACAUUCAUCAUCACGUGCUGGUUUGCCCAUACGCUACGGAAAUAUCCGAUGAAUGAUUGGUCGAUCGAACAGAAAUGGCUUUCGAUACUGUUACCGCUGUUGCUGCUUUUUAACAAUCCUAUCUUUCCACUCAUCUUUAUCGCCAACAACUGGUUUCCGGGUAUAAUAGAUGCGCUUCUCCAAACCACAUUCCUCUGCGGUAUACUUAUGUUCUGGCUCUGCGUCUACCACGGGUUGCGACAGAAUGAGCGAAAAUUUCUCACCUUCUAUUUGCCGAAGCUGAUCGUCGUACUUCCCAUCUGGUUGUGUGCGGUCGUACUCGGUAUAUGGGAGAAAUGCGACGAGCUGAACGAUCCCACCUUUAGCCACUUCGAAGAUUCUGAAAACUACAACGGUUUGAAGGUAUUUGUUUCGAUUGCUGGUGCAAUGUACUUACUAUAUCUGGGGCUUUUGAUGCUGAAAGCAUACUCCGAGCUGCGAUCGAUGCCAUAUUUUGAUAUGCGCCUUAAGAUCCUAACACUGCUGAUGCUGAUUGUGCUAUCGAUUUCGCUCAUCGUAACGAUGCAACACUUUGGUUUCGAUACGCUGGAGGAUAACUUUAUCGCCCAACUAUAUACCAGCUACAAGAGCUCGGCACAAUUUAUGUGUUUCUAUGGGUUGUUAAACUUUUAUCUCUACGCAAUGGCCUACGUCUAUUCGCCGAGUGGUCCUGCUGUGCAUGAACCGAUCACAGCGAAGGAUAAUCCUACGUUUUCGAUGAUAAACGAUUCUGACGAAGAAGUUAUGUACGGGUCGGACGAGGAAAGCCGUAGACCGUUAAAUUCGGCCUGCAGAAAGGGAAACGAUUACGAUAGUGAUUAAGCCUCUGCAGGUAUCGUCAAAUUUCCUACAAAAAAAAAUAAGCAGCGUAUAAUACGCACUGCAGCGUUCAAUUCUUACCAAAUUUUCAACAAUCAGCAAACAGUAGCCGCAAGUCGAUUCGUUUGUGCUAAAUGUCAACCUGGUUGAAUCUUCCCAUGCAGUAAAACAAGUAGCGCUGCAAAUAUCAUACGUUUAGAACAUGAACAGCAAAUGCAGGGUACUUGAUUAAGGUAUAAAAGCACGGAAAAUUCGUUGUGAAGAUGUCAAUUCAAUUUAAAGGUACCUUUUUUUUAGUGCAUCUGUUGAACAUUUCAGUUAAAUUUGCUCUGUGCGCACUUUGUUUACAUUUUGUGAUAGCACCCCGCGUUAUACGUUUACUUCACUAGGUGCAUUUCUCCACCAGUAUCGCUGACAUCGUGUGCAAACUUCAUGCGCGAGAACGCAGAUCGGUUUUUGCAGUUAAAACAACAAAACUAGAACAAUUUAUUUAAUCUACCAUAAUCAGUAAGACCUAUUGAAAAUUGUAAGUGUAAGAGUCUAGAGAUUGCCAUUCGUGUAGGUUUCCUGAUGCCUAGUAAAAGUUUGACAGUGGAACAAUCGAUUAAAAUUAUUCCCAACACUACGUGCGAGCCUCCGUAUAAUUCAGUGGCUGCAGACUAGCGGGUAACUAUAAAUACGAUAAACAAUAAUGCGUUGGAAAGAGAUAGGACAAAUUUCUUUGUUUGUGUAUAUUUAACAUUCCAACAUAGAUCUCUUGUCAUUUUCCCCUCCUUCCCCAUUCCCUUCCUGCUAUCCUUAUACGGUUAGGUUGUAUCCGUUAUUUAGAUAAUAUUGAAUAAAAUAUCAGCUAAACGGUGUGUGGUGAGAGUUAAAAAUAAACCAAAUACAACCCAUGCAUACUCCACAGUUCAUUAGCCAUGGGGAAAUUUAA